UAUGCUCCGCCCAAUGAAAUCGAACACAACAACCUCAGAAAUGUAAAAACUCGGACAACCGGUGCAGACCACCAUUAAACUAGUUUUCAGUGUCAUGAUGAAGGCGGAGGGAAUCGUGGGCAUCGAGCAGUUUGCCAGCCCGGGGAAGGGCAGAGGUCUGCGGGUGAGCAGAGCUUAUGGAGUCGGUGAACUGCUGUUCUCGUGUCCCGCUUAUUCGUACGUCCUGUCAGUAAACGAGAGAGGACUCAUCUGUGAACAGUGCUUUACAAGGAAAAAAGGUCUUGCAAAAUGUGGAAAGUGCAAAAAAGCAUUCUACUGCAAUGUGAACUGUCAGAAAAAGAACUGGCCCAUGCACAAGCUGGAAUGUCAUGCCAUGUGUACGUUUGGAGAGAACUGGUGCCCCUCGGAGACGGUGCGACUAGUGGCCAGAAUCAUCGCCAGGCUGAGAGACCAGAAAGAGAGAAGCCCAUCAGAAAAACUACUCUUACUGAAGGAUAUGGAAGCCCACAUAGAGGAUUUGGAUAAUGAGAAAAGAGAGAUGACUGAAGCACAUAUAGCUGGCCUUCAUCACUUCUACUCCAAACACCUGGACUUCCCUGAUCAUCAGGCCCUGCUCACACUUUUCUCACAGGUUCACUGUAACGGCUUUACUGUGGAGGAUGAGGAACUCUCAAACUUGGGUUUAGCUAUUUUUCCAGACAUUGCCCUCAUGAACCACAGCUGCUGUCCCAAUGUCAUAAUCACAUACAGAGGUGUCAACGCUGAAGUACGGGCUGUGCAGGAGAUCAGUCCAGGGCAAGAGAUAUACACCAGCUACAUAGACCUGCUGUACCCUACAGAGGACAGGAUUGAGAAACUCAGAGAUGCCUACUAUUUCAGCUGUGACUGCAAAGAGUGCACAACCAAAUCCAUGGAUAUGGUGAAGUUGAAGGUGCGGAAGCUGAGUGAUGAGAUCAGUCAAAAGGAUACCAGGGAUAUGGUGCGUUAUGCUCGGAAUGCAAUGGAAGACUUCCGCAGGGCCAAACAUGAGAAAAGUCCCGCUGAGCUGCUGGAGAUGUGUGAGCUCAGCAUUGAUAAGAUGAGCACCGUGUUUGAUGAUUCCAACAUCUACAUCCUUCAUAUGAUGUACCAGGCAAUGGGCAUCUGUCUCUUUAUGGAGAAUUACGAAGGAGCAGUUCACUAUGGCGAAAAAGUCAUCAAGCCAUACACUGUCCUUUACCCAGCAUACUCUCUAAAUAUUGCAUCUAUGUACCUGAAGAUGGGCAGACUCUACAUCGCUCUGGACAGGAAGUCCACAGGCAUCAGUGCCCUUCAAAAGGCAUUGGCCAUCAUUGAGGUUGUUCAUGGAAAGGACCACACAUAUGUAAUGGAGCUCAAACAGGAAAUACUUGGUGAAUAAUGUAAAUGGUGUGUACUGUUUAGGAUUGCACUUGAAUUUCAUUUUGUAAAAGUAAGCAAAUGGAGAGACUCUCUUCAGUAAUAUGUUUAAGAUUGUACAAGAUGUAAUUGUCAGAAAGAAGUACAAGUGUAACAAGUGUGCAAAAGGAAAACAAAAUAAGUAAUUCAUAACAUAAUUUAAGCAGCUAGGAAAUUAGAACGGUAACAGCCAAUAAACAAACAAACAGCAAAGAUACUGUAGUCACAGAACAGAGCAGAAGUGAAUGAAAGGAAGAAAAGGCAUAAGGAGAAUUCUAGCAGGAAGCAAAAGAAAAGGGAGUUCUUGAAUAGUUCUGCUUCAACUACGCACAUAGUCUGGAAAACCAUGAACACAGUCAAACAUCCCAACGCUUUUAUUCUCAAUACUAGUGGAAAUCCACUUAAUUAAUCAAAUUUGGGGACCGUAUAAAUGAUUUUUAUAAAUAGUCUAUUUGUAUAAAUAGUUUAAAGAUCAAUAUCACUUUUUAAAAUAAACUCUCAGUUGUUAUAGAAUAUUAUAUAUAUAAAUAUAUAAUUAAUCAAAUCUGUUUUAUAUUGGUGGAUGUUCGGUUUACUAUUUGCCUAUUUCUGUAUGUGAAUAUGAUAUUUCCAAAAAGUAAUAAACAGAUUAAUUGUAUGUGAAAAUCA